UUAAAGAUAUAUUAAUGGUUCGAUUUUUCAAAGAAAAAUCAAUCUCAAUCCAUUCAUAGCUGUUGCAGGAAAAUUUAGAAAAAUUAUAUCGAUAUUAUAUGCAUUCCUAUGUAUUCCAAAUUUACGUUUUUAGCUAAUGACUUGAGCGGCCUUAAUUUCAACACAAAAUCAUCUGCAGACUAAGAUUAGACUAUGGAAGUUUACUAUAUAGUUGCUGUGUUGAUUGGAUUUCUGUUAUCCCUUAGUGAAGGGAAAAAAGACAAAGAGCUGCAGUGUGCUGUAUGUAGAGCUUUGGUUGAUGAAGUGAACUAUGGAAUUAGUCUAGUUGACCCAAAGAAAACAGUACAAGUAGGGAGUUUUAGAGUUGAUGGGAAAGGAGAUCAAAAUACAUACAAGAAACCUUAUGCCAGAUCAGAAAUACAUUUAACAGAGCUUUUUGAAUCAAUCUGUGAAAAAUUUAGUCAAUAUGCAUUAACAAAGAACUCAAAAGGUGGAAAAAGUGUAGUUCCAACAGCAUCCAGAGAUGGCCAGAGUAUAGCAUUGAAAGAUGUUACUAUUAGUAGUGAUGCUACUAAACAAAUGAAAUAUACUUGUGAAACUUUAGUAGAAGAUUAUGAAGAUGAUAUGAUCAAAGUGUUAGGCAAACCAAAAACUAGUUUAGAAGUAGCAGAAAAACAAAUUUGUGAAGAUAUAGCAGAGGUAUGUACAGAAGAAGAUUUACAAGUACCAAUGCCAGCAAAUGAAGCUUCUGCUUAUAUUCAAGAUAAGGAUGAGGACGAUGAUGAGGAUGAUAAUGAAGAUGGCAAUAAUAGAGAGAAUGAAGGACAAAAAGAAGAUGAGGAUGAAAUAUCAAAUGAAACCAAAGAUUCAAACAUGAAAGAAGAGCUUUGAUGAUAGUCAUUCCUAGAAACUUAUUUUGAAUUUUUGAAAGGAUCAGUUAUUUUUAGACUACAGACAUUUCUCUGUGUAUGAUGUUGAAAUAUGUAUUAUUCAAUAUAUUUCUAAAAAAGAAUUGUUUAUGUGUUUAAAAGUUCUUAAUGUUGAAGAUGCCUUUCCCUUCCUGUUACAAAUGAAAUUAUAACAAUGUUUUUGUUAGUGAUCCAUUUUAUUAUGAUAAUAUUAUGAAGAAGACGACUAUUGAUAACAAAAUGUAUUUUUAGUUUGUGUAGGUAAAACUCUUAUUAAGUCUUUUAUUGUAUAUUCAGGCAAAACUAAAUUAUAGUUAGAUGGGUCAUUGAGAAAUGCUAUACUGUCUCUCAGCAUUUAUUAAAAAUCAUACUUUGUUUUUAGAAAAACAAUGUUUUGUGUAUUUUAAAGUCUUAGCAUACUAUUUAUUGUCAUAUUGCCCUUUCUGUUAAUUAAUAGUAUGAUGUUGCAGUGGUUAAGAAAUUAAGGAGAUGAUUCCUGUUUGUUAAUUAUAUACAUUGCCACUCUCUUUCAUUUGUUGACACAUGGAAUGUUGUGAUAAAAAACAUUAAAUUAAAUGGUGCCUUAAGGGUCUUAUUUGUUAUUAAAGUUUAACUUUCUUAAUAAUUGUGAAAAAUGUUUUGAAAUGAAUGAUGGGUAUAUGAAUUCUCUAAGAUGUAAAAUGCUAUGAAGAAUAUUAACCAAUAUUUUAAAAAGAAAGAUGCUAUUAUCUUUUUUUGAAUGAGUUAAAUGCAAAAACUGCAUAGUUUGUUCAUGCUAUUAUCUAUUAUUGAGUGGGAGAUCCAAAUAAACCCUUGUAAUGCAUUUUAUUCAUCAAGACAAAUACUGUGAUAACUCAUUUAUGUGAUUGAGGCAUAUGCUAUAUAUUUGCAAGUUUUGAUUCUAAACUUAGAAAAAUAGUAUAUAUCUCUAACAACAAAAAAAGAAGAAAUGUUGGGGAAAAAAACACUUGUUGUGCCUUUUCUUAUAAAGUAUUUUUUCAUCAAAUAAUAUAUUUCACAUAAAAUGUUUUUAUAAUAUAUAUUUAUAUAUACAUGUAUCACUUUGAAUCAUAAGCAGGAAGCACUUGUUCUUGUGAUAUCAUAUUUUACUACCAUUCACUGCCCAGUGACUUAAUAAAAGGUAUGCUUUGAGGUUGAGCAAGUCCUACAUAGUUAAAAUUAUCAAAGUAGAGUAAUUGUAUUAAAUUAGUAUUAAAAAGUUUUGAGGAAAAUUUGAGGAGUUGAUUGACUGUGCUGAGAUUACAAUAAAUAAUACCAUUAUUGACUUAAGCUAUCAUGUUCACAUAUCCAGAACCUGC